AGAGUUGACCCAUAAUGAAACCGUUAUCUUCAUUAACAUUAUUACGUUAUGAUAUGAUCACGUCUGCCUUGUUAUUUCUGGAUUAAUUUGCCAUACGUAAGGAGCGAUUGACAAUAAUAUAACGGAAAUAUAUCACAAUGGACGGUGAUAGUAUGGCGUCAAAAGCAAAUAUGCAGAACGGGUUCCACGUGCUGAAUGAAAAAGAUCAGCCAAUGAUAGUUGUAGGAAAACGUGGACACUACGAAAAGAUACCAACUAACCCAACAGAUACAACUAUGGAUAUAAAGUUUGAAGAAGAUAUAACUUUGCCAACGAAAGCUGAAACAGAAAAGUUCAAGUUCACAUCAACCUUCAGCACCUAUAUGACUCUACUGGGAUAUUCUAUAGGGAUGUCUGAUUUCUGGAGGUUUCCUUUCCUUGCUUAUAGAAAUGGCGGAGGGGCGUUUCUUAUCCCAUUCGUUGUAAUGAUAAUUUUAUGUGGGUUUCCGUUGUAUUUCUUGGAAUAUUCCUUGUCAAAAUUCUCUGGUAGAGGACCCUACAAGAUAUGGGACGUCAGUCCAAUUUUUAGAGGUAUCGGGGUAACAAUUGUGGCAGCAUAUUCACUGUGGAUGAUUGGUACCACUGUAUUGAGGUGCUGGAUCAUUGACUUUCUUAUAAAUGCUUUCCAAGAUCCACUUCCCUGGACACUUUGCACUAAUACUUGGAACACAAAGUUGUGUAAAGACACUCUUGGUGGAGGAAGUUCAAUUGCCGGUAACCAAUCACUUCUAGGAAUGCCAUCAUUAAACGAUUCUGUGAUGUCAGUUACAAUUCCCAUGACGUCAGAUUUGUCCAUAGAUGUCAUGAACGGGAGACAGAAUUCUUCAAUGUUUGGUAUUUUGGCGAAUUCUACGGAAACGUCAAUGACGUCAGCAGAGGAAUUUUGGCAAUACCGUGUUUUAGAGUUGUCGUCUGGUAUUUCUGACCUUUCACCUUUUCAGUGGCGUCACGUGAUUACUUUAGUUGUGAUACGUCUUGUUAUAUUUUUUGGUCUUGUGAAAAGUAUCAAAUCUAUAGAAAAGGUGAUAUACGUAACUGCCACUGUCCCGUUUUUCCUGACAGUUGCCAUAUUUAUCAGAUCGCUAAUGCUGCCUGGUUCAAGUCUUGGCAUAUUUCAUUUUAUCAAUCCAGACUUUGACAAGAUAAUUCAGCCAAGGGUUUGGAUUGAGGCCACUCUGAUGGCUUUCUAUACACUGGGUUUCGGCUGGGGAGGUAAUAUGUUACUGGGCUCUCACGCACAUUUCAAAGAGAAUUGUUUAAGGACGUCUAUAAUACUUCCCCUAGCUAACAUGUUUAUGGCAGCAUUUAGUGGAUUAGUUUGUUUCUCUGUUCUUGGUAACAUGGCUCACAUUUAUGACGUUGAUGUCACGGAAGUUAUCAAUGCAGGCAUGUCUGUUGGUAUAGUAGCAUACAUAACGGCCUUGUCGUCACUACCGUUCCCGCAGAUCUGGACUGUUUGUUUUCUAGCAGCUUUAAUUCUAACAGGAAUUGAUGGACAGCUGGUUCCUAUGGACAUGUUAAUGCAGCUGAUAGGGGAUGUUUUCCCGAGGGUACGCCGCGGGUUCAGGAUCCACGCACUUGUUGUUACAGGAGUUAUAUUCUUUCUUUGUUCAUUGCCCACGUGUACUGGGGCAGGUGCUUACAUUUUCCUAUGGAUGGAUUGGUACAAUGGUGCCUGGAUUGGUCCCAUAGUUGCAUUUAUUCAACUUGUGGUCGUUGCCUGGGUGUACGGUAUGGACAGAUUCAGUGACGAUGUACAUAUGAUGAUAGGCAGACCAAUACCUGGACUUCUGAGGUUCUUUACAGCAUUUAUAACACCUUUAAUUGUUCUGAUUAUAUUUUUGGUAAGUUGUGUGGAAUAUGUACCGCCGUCAUACGGGAGUUAUACCUACCCUUCAACAGCUCGAGUUAUGGGCUGGCUGAGCGUUGCUAUAGUAAUUAGCCCAAUGUUAGUUCAAGGACUUUACACAGUUUAUACAUCAAAGGGGGCUUCGUAUUUCAAGAAAUUGAAGCAACAUCUUCAGCCCAUGGAAAGCUGGGGACCAAGUGAGGAAGAAUUUCAAGGACAGUUCCAUAUCAACAAAGCUAAAUAUAGAAACAGAUCGUGGAAGGAUCUUAUGUAUUACAAUAUGUUUGGCAACUACCCGCUGCCAAGUUCCAUAUCUACGAACAAAAACCAGGAGCUGAACUGCUUAAAUAAAACUUGACAUAGACUUUAGUAUGACAUGUGCAUUUUAAGAAAUUCAUCAUACAGCAUUAAUGUUUCAAACUCAGGAGAAUCUCUUGAUUAAAAAUAGUGUAUACAUAUUUACGAAUGAGAUUCAGAUUUUAUAUUCAUUUUGUAAUAGUAUUCCGUUUAAUUGUUGAAAGCU